GGAGAAUAACUUUUAUUUUUUUUAUUUUAUUCUAAUUUUUUUAUUCUUUCUUUGUUUGUUUUUCAUAUUGUUAUUUUCUCUGGAGUUUUUUAUUUUCUGUUUUUAUUUUAUGUCUUGGGGUGUUUUUGCUUUUUUCCGCUUUAUAAUUUUUUUAUUUCCUAAUUCUUAUUUCUUUUUGAUAUUUUGGGAUUUUCUGAAUUUCCGCCUAGGAAAUAGAGGUGAGUUCGUCUGCAUGACGGGAGCUGUUCGCUCUGGCCAAGUUACGACCCACUUCGGGAUGCGAUCUGAAGGACGAAACCGCGAGGGGAUUAGUGGAUGCUGCAAUCGGCGGCUGUCAUUCGAUGUCUUGGGAGGAAGACGUGGGUCGGAGUGGGAUCCGCGCCCCGAUCUUGGAGUGAGUCUCUCUCAGGAUGCGAUGGAAUUCCAAAUUCCAAAUCAUGGCAUUUGUUCGAAAGGCUUGCUGUCGCGCUCUCUCUCUCUCACUUUCGCCGCAGGAUUAGGUGUCGGUUUCAUGAGCUGGUCCUUUUUAUUUUCUACCCUUCGAAACUUCCCAUCAUGAAUGGAGAUAUAUUUAUCGCCCCAGAAUUCCCCUUUGCUGGAUCGGGGAAAUAAUUCUUUCUUGAUCUUUUAUGAUCAUUCCUCGUCCAGGCCCCGACAUUUGUCUACCAUUACUACUUCCUACUAUUACUACUACCACUUACUGCUCCUAUCUGGUCCCGUCACCUUCACACUGGAAACGGGGCAUGUGUGAUUCGAUUGAUUCACAUUGGACUGGACUCAACUGGACUUGAUUCAAC